AUGCCGGCGGAUAAGGACACUCUCUAUUCUCAAGGCGUCAACUUUGACAGCUUCAUCCAGGAUGGAGUCGACCCUCGCACUGGCCAGUAUACGUGCUCUAUUGAUGUAUACAAUACGCCGGCAGAAACCCGCAAUUGCACUCCUCUGAAGCUUUCCCUUGGCUAUAAUCCCCUAAAACCAGAGAACAUUGGUUUGGGCAAAGGCUGGUCAUUCAACCUCUCUUCCUACCACCAUCGCGUAUCCAAGACUCUUUCUCUUUCCACCGGAGAGCAUUAUAAGGUUAAAGAGAGAGGAAACAAUGUAUCUGUCAGAGACCAGAAACUCAAAAGCUUCCACUUCAGCAAAAAGGGACACGACGAGUACAAAGUCGUUUACAAAGGCGGACAGGUUGAAAUCCUAUCUAACCUUAACAAUAUGUACAAAGUCACCGUCCCGGUUGAGCUACGUGCUGUCAACGGCCGUUCACUGAAGUUGAUAUGGACCCGCUCCAACGAACAGCCGCGUUUAAGCAAAAUUCAAGAAGAUUCCCAAUAUCUGGUCGAAUUCCGCUAUGCGGACCACCAGGUAGAGAUUAUCCGGGCACCAGGGACGAAAGAGGCCAGUACGUUUACUCUGAUACUGAAAGACAAUCGAUUAGUUCAACUUCAGUUACCACUCCAGCAUGGAAACAGCCAAGCCUGGAAAUUCCGCUACGAAGACUUCGGCCAAUUUACUUGCCUAUCGAGUGUUACCAGCCCUCUCGGGCUAGUAGAGGAAGUAGAACAUAGAGCGGAUGGGCAUCUACUACCACAUGGGGCACCCUAUCAGGCGAUACCCUACGUAGUGUCGCACAUAUCGAAGCCCAUGAAUCAACAGCCUCCAAUAAAAACUAUCUUCAAAUACUCAGCUGAGAACUUUCUCGGCUAUAGAAGCAACUUUGACUGGACGCAGGAUGAAGACAAUCUCUAUCAUGCACGUCAAGAGUAUGAGUAUUCAUCAAUCGUUCAGGUCGUGGGUGGCGCAAGAACAAAGUAUAUCUACAACAAAUUUCACCUCAUCCUCCGAACUGAACGACAGCAGGGCGCGAAGAUGGUCACGCAGACAACCACAUAUUAUGCCAUGGGCGUACCAUUUGAACUCCAGCCACCGCAAUACCAGCUGCCCAAGAGCGUCCGGACGGAAUAUCUUGACAAAGCCAGCAAAGGCCUCUUGUCCCGUAGGGAAAUAUGUAACUAUGUCUUCGAUGAGUGGGGAAAUCCAACCCAGACAAUCGAUAUGAAUAAUAUCACCAUUGAUUGGUCAUAUUACCCCGCGGCUGAGACGAGGGAUUCAGAUACAGGCAAAGUGCUUUGCCCAGCCGAUCCUCAUGGAUUCCAGAGAUAUAUGAGGAGUGAAACUAUAACACCGGCUGCAAGUCUACACGAAACACAAAUCCGCUACAAAAGAUACACGUAUCUUGAGUUGCCGUCGGUGGCAGAUGCAGGCUAUUUCGUGGUCGUGAAGCAGCUGGAAUGCUUGGAAGAAAGCCGGUGCUUUUCUAGUGUGUGUUAUGCAUACGUGAACCAGCCUGAGAUGAGGGAUCACGGCCGCCUUCAGCAGGAAAUCAUUCACUUAUCGGGGCAGAAAUCUAUAACUCAUGAUCUCAUUUAUUGUUAUCCGAACCCUGACCAACUGACGACAAUCGUCACAGCCAGGGGCUUUGAUGAGCACGUCAUUGAAGCCAAGACAACCAGUUCUCUGUCUUCCGGACUCACUCUCAGCAAGACAGAUGAAGAAAAAGUCGAGACUCAAUUUCAAUAUGAUGAGAUUGGCCGACUAGUCAAAGCAACAGUUUCUCCAGGGACCCUCUACGAAACAACUAGGGCGUAUAAGUAUAGCCUCCGAAAAGACAGUACUGGGUGCAUCCUGACGAUCACUGACGCCAAUGGGAUAAAAACGCGAUACACUACGGACGGCUUACAGAGAGUGGUUCUAGUUGAGCAACAAGAUUACAAUAGUCAAUCUAAAGGAGAUUCAUACAGUGAAAAGUUCCGCGACGUUCAAAGAAACGCUUACAACACGCUUGGUCAACGCGUGAAAACAAUCGACUUUGACUGGCUGAAAAAUGAAGAAAAUCCGACUGAACAAAUUCAAUGCUUGGAAUAUGACGAUUGGGGAGGAGUUUGCAAGGUCACCAAAGGCAAUGGUGUCGUUGUGCUCUCUCUCACCAACCCAAUCGAUCUGACCCAUACAGUAGGCAUAGAAGGCCAAGGGCUAACGAAGACGUAUUCUAAUGCCUUCGGCUCUCCCUUACGAUUGGAACGGCUUAAAGCAGAUGGAACUGCUUUUAGCAAAGUCACUUACGAUUAUGAUGGCCUGGGCCGCCGAGUUACACAUAAAGACAGUUUGGACCGAGAGACGCGGUAUCUAUACGACUCCUUUGACCGUAUCGUCAAGACCAUCAGGCCCGAUGACCAUACUACAGAGUCCCAGUACGCGGCCCACAGCGCUGCACUCUCUCCCGAGUUGAUCAAGGCCUGUGGAAAGACCGUGGGCGAACAGGAGCUUGACGGAUUGGGCCGCAUUACGAGUUUGACGGUCGGUACACGCACAACCACCAAAACCUAUGAGGGGAGUGCUCCAAAACCCUGUAAAAUCACAAUGCCCAACGGAAAUACACGUGGUUUCACUUAUGAUCCCCAGCUGCAUUACGCGCUUAAAGAGCAAAGGUCUACCGAUGGGGUGGAUGUAUAUGACCAUGACAAGCGGACCACAGCCACAGUGAAGCUUCAAAAUCGCUUUGGGACAGAAAUCCGGCAAUAUCUGCCUUCAGGUCUCUUGGAGAAAGAGAGUUAUAAAACCAGCCAGCAUGAGAUAUUUUCCGCCAAUCACGUCUAUUCAAUGGCUGGCAAGUUUCAGUCAUACAGAGACGUUCACGGACAAUUGCACGACCUGCAAUAUGAUGACAUUGGCAGACCUCAGUUAUUGGAUCAAGGGAAAGUGAAGGUGGCAUUCAAGUAUGAUACAGCUGAUCGCCUGUGUGAGACUUGCGUGGAAGACAAGGAAACAAAGGAGAGUCUGACCACUCAUCAAAGAUAUGACGAUUUCAGUCGGGAAAUCGAACGCAACAUCUAUCAUGGAGCGAAGAAGCUUUAUAAGAUCAGACAAACCUUUAACUUGAUGGAUCUCAUCACUCAACGCCAGACAUGGGACGGUAAUGGAACAAUGCUACGGAAAGAGAUCUUUCAAUAUGACAAUCAUAAUCGUCUCGUCAACUAUAGCUGUGACGGCACGCAAUUACCGGUGGAUGAGAAAGGGCACGCAAUCCAAGAGCAGUGUUUCACAUUUGACCACUUUGAUAAUUUGGUUCAGACUUCAACGACUUUCCAGGACCAAACCAAGAAUGUCACUCUCUACACCUACAACAACGCAGACCCCAACCAGCUUAUCGAAUUGACAAACACGAACUCAAGCUAUACUGAUAAAAUUGAGCUCGAGUAUAACAACAAUGGCUUUUUGACACGAGAUGAGCAAGGACGGGAGCUAAGAUAUGAUGGCCAGGAUCGCCUCAGUGCUGUGAUCGAUGCCGACGACCAGAUUCUUAGCGAAUACCAGUAUGACGCCUCGGGCAGACUAGCUUGCCAAGUAGUACAUGGAAGGCCAACAUACCUUCACUAUCGCGGGGAUGCCCUCAUUGCAACCACCGGAGAUUUCAAGAUCAGCUACAUUUCUGAUGGAAAGACAUACUGGGGAACCUUGCGACACGAGGGAAGUGAAAAUAGCCAGACCCAGAUCUGGGCUUCAGACGCAAAUCAAUCCAUCUUAGCGGAGGUUGAUAUGCUGAAGCCAGACAACGUCCGUCAUCAACAGUAUACACCUUACGGCUGUAACGGAGCAGCGUCCUCUGCAAUUACAUCUAUAGGCUUCAACGGCCAAUGGCGUGAUCCCGUGACAGGCUGGUAUCAUCUCGGAAAUGGCUACCGCGUCUACAAUCCGGUCUUGAUGCGUUUCCAUAGCCCGGAUUCAUGGAGUCCAUUCAUAUCUGGGGAGAUCAAUACUUACGCCUACUGCUUGAGCGAUCCGAUCAACCGCAUCGAUCCUAGUGGCCAUCUCAGCAUGAGCGAGAGGGACUGGACUGUCAUGGGAGUCGGUAUCAUUACUGGUCUCUCGGUAGGGUUAUUAACAGCCGGUGCAGGAUUUGCCAUCGCUGCCGGAGUGGGCAUCGCUACUGGAGUGGCCUCAGCUGUGAUUGUCGGUAUUGGUUAUGAUUUAUCGACAGGCAAAGCCCCGACUGCAAAAAGCAUUGGCACAGAUGCACUCUACGGCUUCAUUGGUGGCGUCACUGGUGGGCUAGCUGGCAGGGCCCUUGCUGUUGGGAUCAAAUCUUUACCAGGGUCGAUGGCGCGGCUUUUGAUCGGCGCGAAGAAGUUGCAAAAUGCUGGUGGGAGCCCUGGGAGAGGAUUAUAUCUCGACGUCGGAGACAUUCACUUUUCCCAAAGCAGCGUGAGCUCUAAGUUUAAGGAACACAAAUCGCUUUUGGAGAACAUUCUUGGGAUUCGGAACACAAAUUCAGUCAAAACGAAGAGUAGGGCAUACCCAACAAUAAACGUGACGUGGGGAUCAAUAGGGGGCGAUAAAGCUGCUUUGCAUCGGCAUAAGGGCAGCCAACUCAUUCCUGUAAUGAACGUAUCAGGCACUUACAAUCAAGCUUGGAAGUUUUCUGUUACCCUGUUACAGUAGCUUUGUUAUGGUUAUUAAGUUCUCAGUCGCAAUUUGUAUUUAUAACUAAAUUCUUAAUAGAUAAAGAAAUGGAUCAGUUAGCUGCGUGAGCUGCUC